AUGGCUGAGACGAAGAUCCAUCCUCAGUCCCCUGAGGAGUUCGAGUUCAUUGAAACUCCCCCUGCCUCCUGCACUACUCCCGCUGAGCCCUGUGGUGUGAGGACAACGUCGUACCCGGCCAUCAAAAAUGCCCCCGUCCCAGCGGAUUCUCCGGGCAGUGAUAGCUUCUCCAACAUCCUCCUCUUCUCUUUGCUUCUGCUCAUCCCAUGGUAUCUGGCCCGCCAGGUCGGUGGUGGUUUCUACACCACCAUCUUCUUCGCAAUCUUCACCACUAUCCCUAUUUUGAUGGCUUUCUGGUCCGUCGCUUCAUCCAUCUCCCCCCGCAAGACCGAAAAGGCCAAGUAUGCUGGCCGCCCCGUCGAACACUACCUGCACUUCCACAGCGAGCAUGACCGUGCUGCCUACCGUGGAAAGAGCAAGAUUCCCAUGGAGGUUUUCUACGAGAAGUACUUCAACGGUGAGGUAGACUUCAAGGGUGACGCCUUGGAGUGCCUCGAGUUCCGCCACGAUUGGGCCAACUUCCGCUUCACCAUGGGCCUUUUCAAGCACUUCCUCUUCGGUUUCAUCCCCGAGAUGCUGAUGCACACCCGCUCCCAAGAUGAGGAGCAGGUCCGUGAUCAUUAUGACCGUGGUGAUGAUUUCUACGCUUGGUUCUUGGGCCCACGCAUGAUCUACACCUCCGGUGUUAUUAGUGAUCCCGAUCGGGAGGAGACCCUAGAGGAGCUGCAGGACAACAAGCUGGCUGUGGUUUGUGAGAAGAUUGGCCUGAAGCCCGGAGACACCGUCCUCGAUCUUGGCUGUGGCUGGGGUACUCUGGCCAAGUAUGCUUCCGUCCACUAUGGCGCCCAGGUUACCGGUAUCACUCUUGGUCGUAACCAGACUGCCUGGGGUAACAAUGGCCUUCGUAAGGCCGGUAUUGAGGACUCCCAGAGCCGUAUUAUGUGCUUGGACUACCGUGACGCUCCUCGCGUUGACGGCGGCUACAAGAAGAUCACUUGCCUGGAGAUGGCUGAGCAUGUCGGUGUGCGUCACUUCACUACUUUCUUAUCUCAGGUUUAUGAUAUGCUGGACGACGACGGUGUUUUCUUCCUCCAGAUUGCUGGUCUCCGUAAGUCCUGGCAGUACGAGGAUCUCAUCUGGGGUCUCUUCAUGAACAAGUAUAUCUUCCCUGGUGCCGACGCUAGCACCCCUCUUGGAUUUGUUGUCGACCGUCUGGAGGCCGCUGGUUUUGAGAUCAAGGCUGUAGACACCAUUGGUGUCCACUACUCUGCUACUCUCUGGCGCUGGUACCGUAACUGGAUGGGCAACCGUGAGAAGGUUGAGGCCAAGUAUGGCAAGAGAUGGUUCAGAAUCUGGGAAUACUUCCUUGCUUCUUCGACCAUCACCUCCCGUCAGGGUGGUGCCACCUGCUGGCAGCUCACUCUUGUCAAGAACAUCAACUCCACCCACCGUAUCGAGGGUAUCAACACUCAGUACGGCCUUAAGGGUGCCCGUCAGGCUGCUAUCGACUCUGUCGGUCACGGCGCCGUGCCUAGUGCUCACGUCACUCCCAAGGCAUAA